UGGACAGAGGGGAUGAGAGGGGUGGCCUCUAAGCUGCCAGGUGAGCUCAGGCUCUGAGGAAGGUGAGUGGAGGAAUAGGACUCAGGUGAUGAUCGCCAGGGGCAGGUGACUCCUCACCCCUAGUCAUAAGCAGGGAGCCCAUUCCUGGCUGGCUUCACCCUUCGGAUCUGUUUACUGAGGAACUGCUCUGUGCCAGGCUGAGCGUCACGUGUGCAGCCUCUCCCCCAGUCCGCAGAGACUCCGAGCUAGGAGCGGUUAUCCCCAUUGUCUGGAUGUGGCGAGCAAGCUCCGAGGGGUUGCUGCCUUCCCCAGCUCCCACGUGAGUGGCAAAGCUGGGGUGAGAACCCAGUUUGGCCUCCAGAAGUGGUGCUCUCAAAACAUCAGGUUCCACUGGGUGGAACACCUCUGGGCCCUCUUCCUCUCCAGCACAUUCUCAGAAUCAAGGUCAGAGGUUCUCAACAGGCUCACCCCAGAAUUAUCUGGGGGACCAGCCUUUAAGGCAGGCACUCCCGUUAGCCCCAUUUUACAGGUGAGAGGACGCACCUUGCCCAGCAUAGCACCCCCACGGCUCUUGUCUCCUGCAGACGUGUGCGUUAGAUCCACCACCAGGGAAGCCUCCCUCACCCUUCCCACACCCCUCGGUCUGACUCGAUGGGUCUGCAGUGGGGCCAGUCUUGUCUUUAGGCUUCAUUUUGUUUGAACAGGUAAUAGUAUCUACCUGGCUCAAAAGCCAGAAGCCUGCCCCAGCUACCUGACCUUCCUCCCUGAAAAGUGGCCACUUUCCACAGUUUCCUGUGUCUCUUUGAAGAUUCUGUGCAGAUGCAAACACUUUUGCCUCAUCCACACUCUGUCUCAACGAUAUCUUUGUCCAUGUCAGUUACGUACAAAUUGCCAUUCUUUUGCCAGGCACUGGGCUAGCCCUUCAGGUUGUUGUUAUUAGUGUCCUGUGGCGGCCACUGGUCCACCCGCACCUGCCCUCGUGGCAGGGUAAGCGGGAGACAGUCCUCGCAGUGAGGUUUCUAGGUCAAAGGGAAGAUGCCUGUUGCCAUCCACAGAGGUUUUUUGCACCAUGGGUGUCUCUGGAGUACUGAUACAGUGCGUGCUUCUGAGAAAUGUCUACCAACGAGACAGAAGCCCCUGCCAACACCCAUGUGACAGCAGAAGAACCGGUACAGCAGCCCAGCGUGGUGGACCGCGUGGCCCACAUGCCCCUUAUCGGUGCCACCUGUAAUAUGGUGUCCGCGGCCUACACCUCCACCAAGGAGAGCCACCCCCACGUCAAGACCGUCUGCGAAGCGGCGGAAAAAGGUGUGAAGACCCUCACAGAGGCUGCCAUCAGCGGGGCCCAGCCCAUCCUGUCCAAGCUGGAGCCUCAGAUCGCAUUGGCCAGUGAAUACGCCCACAAGGGGCUGGAUAAGCUGGAGGAGAACCUGCCCAUCCUGCAGCAGCAGACGGAGAAGGUCCUGGCAGACACCAAGGAACUCGUGUCAUCUAAGGUAUCGGGGGCCCGAGACGCCAUGUCCAGCACGGUGUCCAGCGCCAAGGACGCAGUGGCCGCCCGAGCGACAGGGGCAGCAGAUGCGACCCGGGAAGCCAUGCAGAGUGGCGUGGACAUGACCAAGUCGGUGGUGACCAACAGUGUCCAGUUGGUGGGCCAGAUGGUGCUGAGCGGGGUGGAUACGGUGCUGGGCAAGUCGGAGGAGUGGGCGGACAACCACCUGCCCAUGACGGACUCCGAGCUGGCCCACGUCGCCACCUCCGUGGAGGGCUUCGACAUCGCCUCGGUGCGGCAGCAGCAGCAGGAGCAGAGCUACUUCGUGCGUCUGGGCUCCCUGUCCGGGCGGCUGCGCCAGCGGGCCUACGAGCACUCGCUGGGCAAACUGCAGCGCACCAGGCAGAGGGCCCGGGAUGCCUUGCUGCAGCUGGAGCAGGCGCUCAGCCUGAUGGAAACCGUCAAGCAGGGAGUUGAUCAGAAGCUGGUGGAGGGCCAGGAGAAACUACACCAGAUGUGGCUCAGCUGGAACCAGAAGCAGCUCCAGGGCACGGAGGGGGACCCCGGGAAGCCAGAGGUCGAGUCCCAGACGCUCGCCAUGUUCCGUGACAUUGCCCAGCAGCUGCAGGCCACCUGCGCCUCGCUGGGCUCCAGCAUCCAGGGGUUGCCCACCUACGUGAAGGACCAGGCACAGCAGGCUCACCGCCAGGUGGAAGACCUCCAGGCCACCUUCGCCGGCAUCCACUCCUUCCAGGACCUGUCCAGCAGCAUCGUGACGCAGAGCCGCGAGCAGGUCACUAGGGCCCAGGAGGCCCUUGACCACGUGGUCAAGUAUGUGGCCCAGAACACACCCCUCAUGUGGCUGGUGGGACCCUUUGCUCCCAGCAUCACUGAGAAGGCCCCAGAAGAGAAGAAGUAGAGAGACAGGAAGGGGGCUCGGGGCUCCGUCCCUCCCCAGGGGACCAGCAGCUGCACUGGACCCCUUGUCCCUCAGCUCUUCUCAGCUACCACCUUACGAAGCUGGGGUCCUCCAGACGGACCAGUCCCUCCCCCAUUCGAGAAAGCACGUUCUGAGCCUCACCUCAUCGAUCAUUAGUGCGAGGCUUCUGGAAAUUUUUUUUUCUAGAAGGUUCUAAAAAAUUUGUUUUUCUUUCUUGAAAGCCGGGAAAGCCCCAGACAUCGAUCUUUAGUUACUGGACUUGGACUUCGGUCUGUGAAGCGGGCCUCUGGGGACAGGGUAGACAGCAGGGGCUGGGCCUGCCCAGCAGGCCAUCAUGCCUGGAGCGUCAGCGUUGCCUUAAUAAAUUUCCCCUGCAGCGAA